GACACGCAGUGCAUACGCACGUACACCGCGAUCGGGUCUCGUAUUUGGUGCAGUGCAGUGUAAAAGUAAGUGUUAACAACGUCUCGCCUGUCGAGGACCACGACAGGUGCAAAGCAUCUAUCGGACGUAGAACGGUCCAAUCGAACAAGGGUAAACAAUAGGUGUGAGGGGUUGCGCAUAGGGGUAUCGAGGGGUGCGCAUCCAUUGGAUGCAGGUUCUGUUUUUGCUAGUGAGAACAGUAGUUGACGGACAGCGACAAAGUGGCUACUGCACAUCUACCAGAGGUUCGCUCACCGGCGAAUCUGCAAUCAUGUGUUGAUUUGUCGUUACUCACACAUUUGAGAAACAUGUCCUCAAAACGAAAGUCACCACCUACAAAACUACACGAAGGCACCAACUCAACAGACCCCACGACACCAGGAAUUCAACACACCGGCAGCGGCAGCGAAGGAGGAGGUCUCACCGAUCUGGACGAGACGAGCAGCAAUAACCUAAGUGAUAUCUGCGAGGAAGACAACAAUACUAUGGUCCACAACUCCAACGCGUUUUACAAACUAUCGGAACCGUCUUCGCCGGGCAGUGUCUCUCCCAGUGAAGGAGAGGACCUCGAGGAGGACCGCAUGCCUCCCAAUAAGUCGGCCAGAAUGGGCGAACCUCACAUCUUCGUUUCUAGUAGUAUUCAGGCGUUAUCCUUACACACGGAUCACGAAAGACGACGGAACUCUUCGGAGUGUAGUAGUCCCAGUGCUGAUAUAAAAACGAACAGUUAUAACAAUAAUAAUAAUAACAAUAGUUUAGUUAAUAAUAACAGUUCCUCGCAUCCGCUGAAACGGACUAUGGAUGAUGUUCUUAAGAGGCUUACGUCGAAGAUAAAUCAUAGUACGAUACGGGAAGAAAAAAGGCCUACUCCGUGUUCGACGCCAAAUUCUGUGAACAAUUCGGAUGUCGAACCAACAGCUGCCAUCCAACAAGCUCUUUCGGGAGACAACAUUAUGGAAAAGGAUAGAAAAUUAUCUGAAUUAAUUUUCCAACUUCAGAUGGUUAGAGAACAACUGCUACAACAACAACCAGAACCCAACAAGACACCCAGUGCCAGUCAACUAGUUAACGACACUCACCAAAAACAGCUGGAACUCCAGCGCCUACAGCAAGAACAACUGUUACAACACCAACAGAAACUGCAAGAACUUCAAGGCCAGAUAACAGCACAGUAUGCUGCAGGUCCUCAUCAAGCAGGGCUCAUGUUCCUGCCCUUUUUGGAACAACUGCGAGGGCUACAACCUCCAGCGAUGCCACCAAAUGUUGCCAAGUCACCGAUGGGAAAUCACAUGCUCCCUCCACAUCAAGUCCCAAAUUGGAUCUCAGCCACAGCUCACCUCGCUCAAAUGCCAAACAUGACGGGUCCAGCGCCAGAAAAACGAUCUCCACCUCCACAAACGACGCCGUCGACGCCACCUCCACCCCCAUCGGACCCAGAUGCGCCUCUCAACCUCAGCAAACCAAAAUCCUCGAGCUCCGGUUCUGCGAGGUCAAGCCCACAAAGUACUCCCACUGCUCCUCUACAAGAUCAGCCAGUGGCAGCAACUGCGCCUAAACUUCUUCCGCCUAAUCUAAUGAUGUCACGGGCGUUCUUACCAUAUGCAGGAUUACCACCACAGUUUCCUUUGGACAGGAAUAUGCCCAACAAAGACAUGACCAGUCCGGACAAGCAACCGCAUUUCCCUCUUCAUAUGUAUGGUUUGCCGACACCGCCGCAUAUGGGUGGACCCAAAGAGGAUAGUAUUAAGGAAGAUAGAGAUUUUUUAGCCAGUUGUCACCUCUGGGGUUCACCGGACGCUAAUUUCAAACUCGAAGCGGAUAAUGCAGAGAAGGCGAAAAUCAUCAGGCAACAGGCGAAGCGGGAUAACGAAAACAAACCGCACAUCAAGCGGCCCAUGAACGCCUUCAUGGUGUGGGCGAAAGACGAAAGGAGAAAGAUCCUCAAGGCGUGUCCGGACAUGCACAAUUCCAACAUAUCUAAAAUCCUCGGAGCGAGAUGGAAGGCUAUGUCGAAUUCGGAAAAACAGCCUUAUUACGAGGAACAGUCUAGACUGUCUAAAUUGCAUAUGGAGAAGCAUCCCGAUUAUAGGUAUCGACCGAGGCCGAAGAGGACGUGUAUUGUGGAUGGAAAGAAAAUGCGAAUAUCAGAAUACAAGAUGCUGAUGCGCCAACGCCGCCAAGAAAUGCGGCAGCUCUGGUGUCGAGAUUCCACUGACAUGAACAACUUCAUGCCUCCCAAUCCAGAUAUGUCACCCGCCACAUCGACGUCAGGUAGACCAUCGGUAUCUCCACCAAUGGGAAUACUAAACGGUGCUGGUCCCAGCUCGGAUGCCAGUUAUUACUAUACACAGGACAGCACCUCACCCGAAGCCAUGAACUUCUCUCAGGAUUCUAGUAUGGCUUAUGAUUCGUCACCUAGACAUGGCAACGACUGAGCCUGGCUUUCUAGGGACAGAUUCCCUAAUUGGUAUUAAGGUUCAACGUUAGAAAAAUGUUUAGAAGAUUUUGUGAGGCAGCAUUUAACCAAUUUUAGUAUUUUGAAGACAGUAUGUAGCACUAGUUUUUGCUUGCGAAUAUGAAAUUUGGUUAAAGGAAUUCUCCUAAAGAUUUUCCUAGUGUUUGUUUCGAAUAAAUGUCCAUUUUAGGGCGUUUUUUGAUUUGAAAAACCUUGUGGGUUUGUAUUAAUAUUAAUCGUAUGUACAUUUGAUAAAGAGACACUCUAAGGCAAGAUUCUCUUGUGCCAUUUGUGAAAAUAAAAAAUAAUGCCAAAAGACUUUAUUCAUACUUAAAAUUUUUGGUGUUGUAACUUGUAUUGUUAUGUAGAUAUAUUUAAGAAUUUGACGUUAUUUAUUUAUAUCUAGUUAUUCAUUUUUGUUUUUUUUAUUUUGUAAAUUCUUGUAAAACUUUAUAAAUAGUUUUCUGCAUUACAUUGCCAGUUUUUUGUUAAUAUGUACCGGAUCUCUCAACUGUAAUUUUAAUACUUGAGUUUUUAAAAGGUUUUCCAUUAUUUUGACAGAUCAAAUUUUUAAAAAAUAGAAAAUAUACCUAUGCCAUACUACCGUGCCAUUGUGAAUUUUAUAAAUGCCACCUUAACUUUGGUAGGAUUAUUUUAAAAAUGCAAGAAUUAAAAUAUUUGAGACUUUAAACAAUAUUGUUAUUUUUCCAAAAUGAUGACGAAACUUUUGAACUCAAGUGAGCAGUAUUCUUUUCUCUAUGCUGCAUUUUAGUCUUCUAAUUCCGAAAUGAUCUUGUAAAAAAUUAGCUUUAUUAGAAUAAUAAAAUUGUAUUAUUUUUUAAGUAAACGAUGUAUGGUACAAACAAAUUCUGGUAGUUAGAAGACUAAAAUAUUAAGAACAAUUUGGAAAAAAUUAAAUUUUACAAUCUUAGUAUGGAACAAUUGGUUAGUUUCUGUGCAAUUUGAGAACUGUUAAAGCAUAUUAUUGACAAAAAAAUAUUCUUACUAUACUUUUCUAUAUAAUUUUAUAUUUAGGUUGUCAAACCGAUUUUUAAAUUAUUUAAAAUUUAAAUAAAAAUAAAUUUACUUAAAAUUACCAAAUUUUAAUUUAUUUUUAAUUUUUCAAAAAUUUUACUCAAAAAGAUAAGUCCAUGAAGAUUUUCAUGCCUACCAGUUCUAAUAGUCUAAGAGCUAGUGAACCUUUUGACU